CGCGCGUUGCCCCGCGGUCGGCGGGGCUCCGCGUCGCCGCGCGGAUGCCGCCGCAGCAGGAAGGCGAGGCGGGCUACAUCAGCAAACCGGUACCGGGAGGCUGCGAGGUGCCGCCGGUGCCCCCGCGUAGGGUCCGCAGCGGACGGGCGGCGGCGGCGCUGGGGGCCGCGUUGGGCGGACGGUGCCGGGCAGCGGGGACCGGGACCGGGGUUGCGGCGGGGAGCGGAGCCGGAGCUGCGGGCGGAGCAGAACCGCGGCGGAGCAUUAAAUGCGUGCUGGUGGGGGACGGCGCCGUGGGGAAGACGAGUCUGGUGGUGAGCUACACCACCAACGGGUAUCCCACCGAGUACAUCCCCACCGCCUUCGACAACUUCUCCGCUGUCGUGUCUGUCGAUGGGAAGCCGGUGAGACUGCAGCUCUGUGACACAGCUGGGCAGGAUGAAUUUGACAAGCUCAGACCUCUGUGCUACACCAACACGGAUAUCUUCUUGCUCUGCUUCAGCGUGGUGAGCCCUUCCUCCUUCCAGAACGUGAGUGAGAAGUGGGUUCCUGAAAUCCGAUGCCACUGCCCCAAGGCACCCAUUAUCCUGGUCGGGACCCAGUCGGACCUCCGGGAGGAUGUCAAAGUUCUCAUCGAGCUGGACAAGUGCAAAGAGAAACCGGUGUCGGAGGAGGCUGCAAAGCUCUGUGCUGAGGAAAUAAAAGCAGUGUCCUACAUCGAGUGCUCUGCUUUGACUCAGAAAAACCUCAAGGAGGUCUUUGAUGCAGCCAUUGUGGCUGGAAUUCAGUACUCGGAUACCCAGCAACAACCAAAGAAAUCCAAGUGUAGGACUCCGGAUAAGAUGAAAAACCUCUCCAAAUCCUGGUGGAAAAAGUACUGCUGUUUUGUAUAGGGGUUGCAAGGACCUGAGUGCUGCUCUGAGGAAAUGGAAUAGAGGCUAUAUUAGCUGAUUUCUCAUUCUGUGUUGUCCUGAGUGUAUAGUGUAGAUCUGUAUGUAUGUGUAUAUGUUGCUACUGGAGAUCUUGGUUGCCAUCUCAAGGGUGGCAGAAGGAUUCUUAGUUAAAAAAUGGCUAUAAAUCAGGUCUGGCAUCCAGUUUGGUGACUUAAAACCUCUCGUUAAGGAAGAAGAGGGCCACACAUCUGUGAGGGUAGAAGGAUUUGUCCAAAGGAUUUGACUUCUUUUGUUAUAAAGGUGUGUGAUGGGGAGGAGCACACCAGAGGCCUUUGCUGCCAGGGCUUCGGAGGAGGAACGUGUGACUUUGGAAGAGCAGAGAUCUGUAGAUGGACAGUCAAAGGGAAAAAAAAUAACACUGUGCCUCCUAACUUGACAUUUGUAGCUUUAAAACCCCACUCCUGCUCUCUUCUCCGUGGCUUCCUGAGCCAAAAUCUUCCCCCCAAAUCUUGGGGAUUGCUUUAAAAAGGGUAUGUGAGGGGUGUAACGUAUACACUAAUGCCGUGGUUGGAAAGGUCAUGAAUACACCUUCAGCUUGGGGUGAGGGAACCUAAUCCCUCACAGAGCUGACAUCUCAUUUGUCACCUCCUGACUUUAUGGAAGUCCUCUCUGUCCAUUUUCCCCCUACCCUUCCCAGGAAGCUGAGUGGAAGCCCAAGGAAGACGACCAACCUUUAACUCGCUACCUCGAGCAGUGGCGAUUUCCUCUGUAUUUUUGUAGGCAUGAGCACAGUUCAUCUGUUUCAGCUGAAAGGAAUGUAAGUGCUGUUGUGUUGGGUUUGUUUGGUUAUCUUUUUUUUUAUUAUUUUUAAUUUUUUUUUUAAACAGAUGUGACAAAUAUCCAUGCAGCACCGUGUAAACCACACCUGGUUUUAAGUCUACAGCCAAGAAUUUCUGGAUGCCCCUCCUUACCUUUUGAGGCUGCUAAAUAAAUAACAAAACGGGCAGAUCAAGAUUUGUAGCAAAUCAGACUUUAGAAAACUGGGGCUGCUGUGUCCUCUUCUCAACCAAGGUCGUGUUUCCCUUUUAAAGGCAACAAUCACUUGUGGCUGAAUCUUGUUCAAGCUCAUAGUAGUGAAAUUGGCUGAGGUCACCUUGAAACUUUAACUGAAUAAUACUUUUUUUUCCAGAGUAGUGCAACAGAUUAACUGAGAUGUGCCUAAAAUGUAGCUGAGUGAUCAACAUCAGAGCUGAGUGUGAUCUACUCUCUUGACUGUAUCUCCUUCCUACUAAACUAAUUCCACCCCAGCAAGUUUGAGGGACCUGAGGGGUAACAUGACUCCAUGACUCUCUGAAAGAAUCAGCAUUUUAACUUAUUCAGCAGAGGACAUACAGUUUGUGCUGUCUGUCUGCCUUUUUAUGGCCCUGACUCUUUUUCUUUUUUUUUUUUUUUAAUCAACCAGGGUUUUUUUGUUGUGUGUUUUUUUUUUUUUUUUUUUUUGUCUGUUUGUGUUUUUUUUUAAUUUCUUCCUUUGGCCAUAGCCUUGAAGUGACCUUUUUCAUAGUCUCAAACUAAACUGCAGUGACAGAAAGCCAGAACCAUUUUGUCAUCAGAAGUGAAUCAGUGCCUGGUAUAAAGAAGAUCUGUGGAAGCCAUUUGAGUUUAUAAAGCUGACCAGAGUUUACCUCCUGGCCCAUUAAAGAAAAUGACACUAUGUAAAUGGAUUCUGAGCUGCAUUGGCAGAUGUUCCACAGGCUGUAUUUUUUCCUCCUCUCAGCAAAAUGAGUGCACAGAAUGGGUAACAUUCCAUUGCUGAAAACUUGAAAACGAGAUGGAAAUCUUUACCUAGGGCCUGAUUCAAUAAAAAUGUGUUGGCUUCUGCACUGGAACAGCCUGGAAAAACAGUUUCCAUAGCACAGAAGCUGGAUGCAUUUAACUUGGUUGCAUCUGGUUGGUAAUGGUUUAAUGUUUACUGGUCAUGAAGUUAACAUCUGAGCCUUUAUAUUUCUUACUCGAAUGCUUUGACAGGAUUUCAGAUAUGCAGUCAUACUGUCAUCUUGGAAAAAAAAAAAAAAAAAGAAACAAAACAUAAAGCCAGAUUUCUCUUGGGUGCUUUGCUUCUCUGUGAAAAAUGGUCUCAGUGGGUCAAAAGUGUGGGUUUGGAGAGGAGACAGGCUUUGAAUUGGAGCAGCUUCCAUGUGCAAAAUUAAGUUUCUUCUGCAAGAUCAUGCUGCUUUGUAUCAGGCCAUACUGGAAGCAGCAGGUUAUCUUUUAUAAGCAGCCUGUUUCAUAGUCUGGAGUAGCAUUACUUUUAAAUGUAGCCAGCUGUGACUGUUUCUGAAAAUGUGAUGUAUAUACAACUUGUUUUAGCCCUUACUAGGUGUAUGUAAACCAAGGUCUAAUAACUUUACAAAUACUGCUCUACACAGGGCUACACAGGGUCUAGGUUUUAGGAAUAUUACUUUUAAAAUCACCAGUAUUUUAUGAGAGCAAGUGAGGGGGGAGAUGUCUCUAUGUAGUCUAUAAGCUGAUGUGCCUUAUAAAAAAAACAACAAAA